AUGAACGGCGACAGCUAUUCAUCCAGAGGCAUGGCACCUUCACCGUUUUCAGCGAAUCCUAAGCAAGAUGGAGCUCCUGCUGACAAGCAAGCAUCAACAGAUUCUGGCCGGCAUGGAUCGUCCAGAGAUUAUCCACCGCGCGACGACCGACGAGGAGAUCGCGGUGGAAACAGAGACAGGCGUCGUUCCCGUUCCCCCCAUGGCCAACGAGAUCGAGACUCACGACCUGCUCGUCGUGAUGGUGAGGUAGAUUCAUAUUCUACAGAUCGUAAUUACCGAGAAAGAGAGCGCGAAGACAGAUAUUCUGGGCGGGACCGACGCGGAGGUGGAGAAAGGGGUGGUGAGAGGGGCGGGGAGAGAGAAUGGGAUAGAGACCGAGGCUCCUCGAGACGUGACGCGAGACGAGAUGGUGAUGACAGACCACCAAGAAGAGACAGAGAUCUAUUCGAGGAUAGAAGGGGGGGUGGAGGGCGACGGGGAGGUAGAGUCGAAGGAUUCGGGGGAGGGCCAGAUCGAGGGGACCGACAGAAGAGCGCAUCUCCUCCACCCAAGAAGAAGGAACCGACACCAGACUUGACGGACGUUGUAUCGAUCUUGGAGCGUAAGAGGCGAUUGACUCAAUGGGAUAUCAAGCCACCCGGAUAUGAAAAUGUCACCGCAGAGCAAGCUAAACUUUCCGGAAUGUUCCCUCUUCCAGGAGCUCCAAGACAACAGCCAAUGGACCCUAGCAAGCUUCAGGCAUUCAUGUCACAGCCCAGUGGCUCUGUUACCAAUGCAGCUCUCAAGCCUUCCAACUCUCGCCAAGCAAAGCGUCUUCUUGUUCACAAUCUUCCUCCGACGGUCACCGAGGAAGUCAUUGUUAACUUUUUCAACCUGCAGCUCAAUGGCCUCAAUGUUGUCGAGGGAUCCGAUCCUUGUAUAUCAGCCCAGAUCUCGAAAGACAAGUCCUUUGCCCUAUUGGAGUUUAAGCAGACUCUUGAUGCUACAAUCGCUCUCGCUCUGGAUGGCAUCACAAUGGAAGACGAGCACAUGAAUGGGUCUGGAUCGAACGGAGACACCAAAGGACUCUCUAUCCGUAGACCAAAGGACUAUAUCGUCCCGGCUGUUACAGAUGACGUCCCAUAUGAACCUGGUGUUGUUUCCAAUGUGGUAGUAGACACUCAGAACAAAAUCAGCAUUUCCAGCAUACCACUAUACCUCACCGAUGAGCAGGUCACUGAGCUUCUUGUAUCAUUUGGAGAACUAAAGGCAUUUGUUCUCGUGAAGGACAAUGGUACUGAAGAAUCUCGAGGCAUUGCAUUCUGUGAAUACGUGGAUCCAGCCGCGACCGAUAUUGCUGUCGAGGGUCUUAAUGGGAUGGAACUUGGCGACAAGCAUUUGAAGGUGCAACGAGCCAGCAUUGGACACACACAGGUGUCAGGACUCGAGAUGAGCGUGAACGCAAUGUCAAUGCUUGCUGGUACUACAUCCCAAGGUCUGGAUGAAGGCCGAGUUCUGCAAUUGCUCAACAUGGUCACCUCUGAAGAGCUCAUUGAUAACGAGGAUUACGAAGAAAUCUGCGAGGAUGUAAAGGAAGAAUGCGAGAAGUACGGAAAGGUGCUCGAGAUGAAGAUUCCAAGGCCCACUGGUGGAAGUCGACAGUCCAAUGGAGUCGGUAAGAUCUUUGUCAAAUUCGACACUGCUGAGUCGGCAGGCAAUGCUCUCCGUACUUUGGCGGGUAGAAAAUUUGCCGAUCGCACCGUGGUCACGACUUAUUUUUCAGAGGAAAACUUCGAGGUUUCUGCCUGGUAA